AUGACGCCAGCUUCGGGGGCCGAUAGGUCUCGCAUGUCUUCUUUAUGGCGCCUGCAGCUGCCACGGUCGAAGCAGGUCUCUGAACUAUCCCCCGACUCGAUAUUCACACCUUUCUCACUCGACCCUGACACAUUGGGCGAUCUCGUGCAGUCUAGGGAUGUGCAAAAGUUGCAUGGUCUCGGUGGUGUAAGGGGCCUCGAAACGCAACUACGAACCGAUCUACAGUCCGGCUUGAGCUUGGAUGAGACAUACAUUGAUGCUGCCGCUGUUUCUACCAAUGCGACAUCCACGGACAAAGUGACUGUCCCUGAGCGCUGUCUCACCACAGAGUCCCAGCAUGAUAGAUAUGUCGAUAGGAGGAAGUGUUUUGGUGAUAAUCGCCUCCCGACAAAACCACCUCCGAGCUUUCUGUCGUUGAUGUGGGCGGCUUACAAUGACCACGUCUUGUUUCUCCUGACUGGUGCUGCUAUCAUAUCACUUGCACUGGGCCUGUACCAGACAUUCGGUACCAAACACUCAGCCAGCAAUCCUCCCGUGGAAUGGGUUGAAGGUGUAUCGAUUCUCGUCGCUAUUGUUGUUAUUACUGUAGUCGGUGCGGCGAAUGACUAUCAAAAAGAGUACAAGUUUCGGAAACUCAAUAAGAAGCAACAAGAUCGCAAUGUCUGGGUUCUUCGCUCUGCGCGAACUCACGAGGUUCCUAUAUCUGAGAUUCUUGUUGGUGAUAUUGUCCAUAUCAGUCCAGGGGAUAUUGUCCCGGCAGAUGGAGUGUUGAUCAGGGGUCACCAGGUUAAAUGUGAUGAGUCGUCUGCGACGGGAGAGUCGGACCCAGUGGAUAAGAACGCGGUUGAGACCGGUUUGAGUCCUGGUGAAGGAUCCAAACUCGAUCCAUUUAUUCUGUCACAUACCAAAGUUGUGGAGGGCGUGGGUGUCUUCCUUGUUGUGGCAACUGGCACGCGGUCAAGCUAUGGACGGAUAUUACUCUCUCUGGACACUGAGCCCGGCUUCACUCCUCUUCAAGUCAGACUUAGCAGGCUGGCAAAAAAUAUUGCCAACUUCGGUGGUAUUGCUGCGCUCGUGUUGUUUAUCAUUCUCUUUAUCAAGUUCCUGGUUUCUCUACGCCAUAGCACGGAGACUCCGUCCGAGAAAGGCCAGUCAUUCUUGAACGUGUUCAUUCUCGCCUUGACAGUGGUGGUAAUCGCUGUCCCGGAGGGACUGCCACUAGCUGUCACCCUUGCACUGUCCUUUGCCACGACUCGAAUGAUGAGAGACAACAAUCUAGUUCGUCAACUCCGGGCUUGUGAGACCAUGGGUCAAGCCACAGACAUUUGCUCUGACAAAACAGGCACCUUGACAGAAAAUAAAAUGACCGUUGUCUCCGGCUUUUUUGGUGUCGCCUCGCAAUUCACCGAUAGAACAUCUAGUCCUGAUAUCCUCGGUGACGAAAAGAAAACGUCCAUAGCAAUAUGCAUGGGCGGCAUUUCAAAUCAAACAAUUGUUUUGUUGAGACAAUCCAUUGCAAUCAACUCAUCCGCCAUUGAAAGUCAAGAAGGUGCAGGUAGAGAGUUCUUAGGCUCUCAGACUGAGGCAGCCUUGCUGCGAUUCUCUCAAGAUUAUCUUGGACUGGGUCACCUUGAUCAUGACCGUGCUAGUGCUGGAAUUCUCGACCUCCUUCCUUUCGAUGCGUCUCGCAAAUACAUGGUGACAAUUGUCAAGCUACCAAGUGGCUCCUACCGGGCAUAUAUUAAGGGAGCUCCUGAGAUUCUCCUGAAGAAAUGUGCUUCUAUGAUUAGAGAACCAAUUCAAGAACUCCAUGUGUCCCCUAUUACAGAAACUGACAGCCAUCAAGUCAGUGAGAUAAUCGCGCGGUACGCUUCGCAAUCCUUGCGCACUAUUUCAAUUUGCUUCCGUGACCUUGAUCAGUUGCCUCUCCAGAAUGGCGAAGAAGGUAUCGACUUUGACGAAAUCAUGCAAGGCCUCACACUUCAAGGAAUUCUUGGUCUAAAGGAUCCUUUGCGAGUUGAUGCAUGGGAUGCUGUGCAGACAAGCCACAAAGCAGGUCUAACUGUUCGAAUGGUUACCGGAGACAAUCAUCUUACAGCAAGGGCCAUUGCUGAGGAAUGUGGAAUUAUCAGAGGUCCAGAUGAUGUCGUUAUGGAAGGUGAUGAAUUCAGAGCCCUCAAUGAUGUUCAGCGGAAAGCAUUAGUUCCCCGAUUGAAGGUCCUGGCACGAUCUCGUCCAGAGGAUAAGCGGGUACUGGUUCAACGACUCAAAGCCCUCGGCAGGGUCGUCGCUGUCACUGGAGAUGGCACCAACGAUGCUCCCGCUCUUGCAGCUGCUGAUAUUGGUUUUUCAAUGGGAAUUUCCGGUACGGAAAUUGCUCGUGAAGCAUCUUCAAUCGUUUUGUUAGAUGAUACCUUCUCUUCUAUUGUAAAAGCUAUCAUGUGGGGAAGAGCUGUGAGCGAUGCAGUGAAGAAAUUCUUGCAGUUCCAAAUCACCAUCACAUUUACUUCAGUCGGACUAGCAUUUGUCUCUGCGGUAGCGGACUCAUCAGAGGAAUCCGUCCUAACCCCAGUACAAUUGAUGUGGGUGAAUCUGUUCCAAGACACGCUGGCAGCCCUGGCCCUGGCAACGGAUCCCCCUCCCCGCAGGAUUCUUGAUCGAAAGCCUGAACCCACAUCGACACCACUUAUCACACCCAUCAUGUGGAAGAUGAUCAUCGGCCAGUCUAUCUACCAAAUGGUCGUAACCCUUGUCUUAUACUUCGCCGGUGCUGCCAUCUUCUCCUAUCAUGGCGAACAUCAAACAUCACAGCUGCAGACUGCUGUUUUCAAUACUUAUGUCUGGAUGCAAAUAUUCAACAUGUACAACAAUCGCCAAAUCGAAAAAUCAUUCAACUUAAUUGAAGGAGUCCACCGCAAUUGGCUCUUCAUAGCCAUCACAAGUGUGAUGAUGGGCGCUCAAAUCUUGAUUAUGUUCGUUGGUGGCCGGGCGUUCUCGAUAACGAGAUUGACCGGUGAUCAAUGGGCUUACUCCUUGGUCCUUGGCUUCCUCUCUAUCCCUGUUGGCUUUGCUCUGCAAGCUGUUCCCACAGUUAUCAUUGAGAAACCGAUGUCUUGGAUGGGAAGGUUGUGGGAUAAGACCUAUCGUCGGUAG